AUGAAGGCUCGUUGUCGUCUACUGGUUGAGAAUCUGCAGCCCCCCGUGCUGAAGGCUCAGAUCAGCCAACUUAUCGACUUAGAGAGGCGUGACUGCAAAUCCGAUGGUGUCGCCCUCUUUGAUUUGAUAUUGGAACAUGCGACUGUGCAACAGCGGUUUCAGCGGAUGUCGCAGGGUUAUGCUGGAAGAGAGGAUUCCAAGUCGGCAAAACCGGAACAGAAAUCGCAGCGGGUCAGCACCAGCAAGAGUGGCUCGACGCGCUCGACCGCGCCCAUCGCGUCGGCGCCGCCAGAACCAGCGCGAACUUCGCAGCCUACGCGGGCCACGCAACCGACACGCUCUCCUCCA